AUGAGUCCGAUGAGGGUGGUGUCAUCCGCAAACUUGACCAGUUUGACAGAUUCAUGCCUGGAAGUGCAGCAGUUGGUGUACAGGGAGAAGAGGGCUCUGAGAGCAGUAGGCCCUCAGAGCAGCAGCAGAGACAGUUCAGUGGGCCCUGAGAGCACUGGGCCAACGACAACGACAGCUGUUCCAACCACCACUACAGCUGCCCCAACAACAACAGUUGCUCCAACAACAACAGGUGCCCCAACAACCACGACAGUUGCUCCAACCACAACAGCUGCCCCAACAACCACGACAGCUGCCCCAACAACCACAACAGCUGCUCCAACGACAACAACAGGUGCCGCAACAACCACGACAGCUGUUCAAACAACCACUACAGCAGCCCCAACAACCACAACAGCUGCUCCAACAACAACAGCUGCCCCAACAACCCCGACAGCGGUUCCAACAACCACUACAGCUGCUCCAACCACAACAACAGCUGCUCCAACCACAACAACAGCAGCCCCAACAACCACGACAGCUGUUCCAACAACCACUACAGCUGCCCCAACAACCACAACAGCUGCUCCAACCACAACAACAGCUGCCCCAACAACCACGACAGCUGCCCCAACAACCACAACAGCUGCUCCAACAACCACGACAGCUGCCUCAACAACCACGACAGUUGUUCCAACCACAACAACAGCUGGGCCAACGACAACGACAGCUACAGCAGCCCCAACAACCACAACAGCUGCUCCAACAACAACAGCUGCCCCAACAACCCCGACAGCGGUUCCAACAACCACUACAGCUGCUCCAACCACAACAACAGCUGCCCUAACAACAACGACAGCGGUUCCAACAACCACUACAGCUGCCCCAACAACCACAACAGCUGCUCCAACCACAACAACAGCUGCCACAACAACCACGACAGCUGCCCCAACAACCACAACAGCUGCCCCAACAACCACAACAGCUGCCCCAACAACCACGACAGCUGUUCCAACAACCACGACAGCUGCCCCAACAACCACGACAGCUGCCCCAACAAUUACAACAGCUGCUCCAAUGACAACAACAGGUGCCCCAACAACCACAACAGCUGUUCCAACAACCACUACAGCUGCCCCAACAACCACGACAGCUGUUCCAACAACCACGACAGCUGCUCCAACCACAACAACAGCUGCCCUAAGAACCACGACAGCGACUACAGCUGCCCCAACAACCACAACAGCUGCUCCAACCACAACAACAGCUGCCACAACAACCACGACAGCUGCCCCAACAACCACAACAGCUGCUCCAACCACAACAACAGCUGCCCCAACAACCACGACAGCUGCUCCAACGACAACAACAGGUGCCUCAACAACCACAACAGCUGUUCCAACCACAACAACAGCUGCCCCAACAACCACGACAGCUGCCCCAACAACUACAACAGCUGCUCCAACGACAACAACAGGUGCCCCAACAACCACAACAGCUGUUCCAACAACCACUACAGCUGCCCCAACAACCACAACAGCUGCUCCAACCACAACAACAGCUGCCCCAACAACCACGACAGCUGCCCCAACAACCACUACAGCUGCCACAACAACCACGACAGCUGCCCCAACAACCACAACAGCUGCUCCAACCACAACAACAGCUGCCCCAACAACCACAACAGCUGCCCCAACAACCACUACAGCUGCCCCAACAACCACGACAAUUGCUCCAACCACAACAACAGCUGCCACAACAACCACGACAGCUGCCCCAACAACCACAACAGCUGCCCCAACAACCACGACAGCUGUUCCAACAACCACUACAGAUGUACCAACAACCACAACAUCUUUUCCAACAACCACGACAGUUGCUCCAACAACCACGACAGCUGCUCCAACAACC